UGUGAACUUAUGAAUCAAGGCAUCUUGGCCCUGGUCAGCUCCAUUGGCUGCACGUCAGCAGGGUCCCUCCAGUCUUUGGCAGAUGCCAUGCACAUUCCCCACCUAUUCAUUCAGCGCUCAACAGCUGGGACCCCAAGAAGUGGCUGUGGCCUCACCAGGAGCAACAGGAAUGAUGAUUAUACUCUCUCGGUUCGUCCACCUGUCUACUUGAAUGAGGUUAUCCUAAGAGUGGUCACAGAGUAUGCCUGGCAGAAAUUCAUUAUAUUCUAUGACAGUGAAUAUGAUAUCCGUGGAAUACAAGAGUUUUUGGACAAAGUGUCUCAGCAAGGAAUGGACGUUGCACUUCAAAAGGUAGAAAACAACAUCAAUAAAAUGAUCACCACUCUCUUUGAUACCAUGAGGAUAGAGGAAUUGAAUCGCUAUCGAGACACUCUUAGGAGAGCCAUCCUUGUUAUGAAUCCUGCCACAGCCAAGUCCUUCAUUAGUGAGGUUGUGGAAACGAAUUUGGUUGCUUUUGACUGUCACUGGAUCAUUAUAAAUGAGGAAAUAAACGAUGUUGAUGUACAGGAACUUGUAAGAAGGUCAAUUGGAAGGCUAACGAUUAUUCGGCAGACAUUUCCAGUCCCCCAGAAUAUAAGUCAGCGAUGUUUCCGUGGCAACCAUCGAAUAUCUUCAACAUUGUGUGAUCCAAAGGAUCCAUUUGCUCAGAACAUGGAGGUAUACUCUAAAUGCCUGGGCAUUUCUACCAGCGUGCUUUGUUGUAAAGAGUGCUUUUAGAGUUGCAUUGGAUUCAGAAUUAUAUUCUGUAUCAUUUCUGCAUGAUUCUCUUCUUCUAUCAUUUUAAUAACUCUGAUAGGGAGAGAGUGCUAAAAUCUAUAUCUUUGAUUUUUUUGUUCCUAUUAUAGAAAAAAUAUCUUGCUUAAUAAAAAUAUAGUAAAUAAAGAUUCUUUCCUUCUAAACAGGUAGAUCCACAACAUUUCCCAUGGUAGAAUUUGUUCCUGAUACUCCUACUAUCUCAUUCCAAAUUAUUAAGCUAAUACAUUUGCUUGAUUUUUUUGGUAUAA